AUGGAACCGACGACGACGGAAGAUGACGUCACAACAACUGCAGAAUCGAAAACGACGACAACUGAACAAAAAACGACGGCAACGACUGAAAAGGGGACGACCACGGCGGCAGAAGAUAAAACUACGGUAACCACUGAAGCCGUGACGACGGCAUCUACUGCGACUACGACACUAAAUGAAGCAACUUCGGUUUCCACAACCCAGAGUUCGGUGACAGAAGGAAAGGCGACCACGUCAGAAGGAAGUACAGAUGGAGGUUCGAAGAUAUUAUUAUUUUUUUGUUAGGUUUUUUAUCUAAUUUUUUAAAAUAUUGCAAAUUGCGCUUUCAAAACUCAUGUUUAUUUGACGUAUGUUUUCUCAAAAAUUAGAUCGACUACCGCUAGAAAAUUAUUUGAAAAAUGAUAUCUGUGAUCUUUUAAAUUACAGGCACGGAAGCCCCUGUAACAGAUCCUGAUAAACCUACGACUCAACAAGGAACGACCGUGGCAAGUCCAACAAACGGAGUGACGACGGCUCCCUUGGGAGGAUCCACGCGUUCGACCGUCUGCAGGACAACUCCGAUGCCGACGACGAUCCCAUUCACGACCAUCGAGACGACUGUCGCUACAACAGUCACUACGGAGGGGCCAGAGACAACUAAACAUGGUCAGAAAGGGAAAUAGGGAGAAUGAUUACAAAAAAUUUAAAAAGUUAAAAAGUUUAAUAAUGAUAGUUUUUUUCUCGAAAACUUUAAAGCCUAGCAGAUUGAAAUUUUAUGAAAAUUCAUUCGGUACAAAUCCCAGCCAGCUCUCAGGAAGUUACAGUAGGGCUUCCCUGUAAAAAACCCCUUUGCAGCCUCUACCGAACCUGCAGAAGGUGGAAGUACAGUUCCCAUAGAAUUCGAAACACUGGGACCUCCGCCGGAAGAUGAGUGCGGCGCUGACGACGUGACGAUGGGUCCGCUACCGGGCGGCGGCGACGACGGCGGAAUCGCGAAUCCGCUUCCGAUCACUCAACCUGGAGACUCGACGGCCACUGCGCCCACUGCCACUCGGAAAUGCAGAACUACGCAGGCGCCGACGAGCACGCCUUCUCAAUUCACCACGACGCCGGCUGAUGCUACGACUUCAGCAGAAGAAACUACCGAUCCGGCCAAACCUACGACUCCGGCGGAGGCUAGUACUGCUCCAGCUGAAGAUACAACCUCAGCUGGAUUUACUACUGCUCCUGUGGAAGUUACAACUCCUGCUGAAGCUACUACCAAGCCUGCUGAACUUAGUACGACUCCUGCAGAAGUAACAUCACCCGCCUUAGCUACCACUACCCCAGUUGAAGUUACAACUCUAGCAGCCGCUACUACUGACCCUGUGGAGGUUACUUCUCCCGCUGAACUCAGCACAGUCCCCGCGGAAGUCACUACUGCUCCAGCUGAGGUCACCUCGCCAGCCGUAGCUAGCACAGUUCCCGCUGAAGUUACUACAGUCCCCGUUCAAGCCACAACUCCAGCUCAAGCUACUUCUCCAGCAGUCGCUAGCUCUGUUCCUGCUGAGAUCACAACUGUUCCUGUCCAAGUCACCAGUGAACCGGCAGAAACAAGAGCGACAGAAGUUACUGUAAUCGAGGAAAGUCCAACUACAGGAGGAGAAUCUACGCUCAUUGUAACAUCAGGUUUGAUAAAUAUCUUCUCCUGAUUUCUCAAUCGUUUUUCAGAUCCACCUGCGAUGACUUCAACAACUUCUUAUUUUUGUUAGUUCAAAAAAAUUUUUUUAUUAAAAAAACGAAAAAAAUUUGGACAUUUUUUUGUGUUUUAAGUUUUUUUAAUUUCAAUUCGUCGCUCAAGCUCCGCCCCCCAAAGGGCCGAUAAAGUAACAGUUAAGAAAAAAACCAAAUUUUUUCCCGUGAGAUCCGAUGUAUUGGCCGUAAUUAAUGUGUUCACACGAAGAAUUUUGGAUCUACGCGCAAAAACUUCAAUUUACUCUCCUAUUAAAAUUUUUGAGAAUCCUUGCCAAUUUACUAUUUCAUUCUUUUCAUGAUGAAAGGUGAAAUCGUCUCAUCGAAAAAGAACAGUUCUUCGAAACUGGCGCUUUUGUAUUUUUUGAAUUUAUUUUCUUUUUUUUCAUGUAUCAAUUAUCCGAAAACGGGGACUUCAGGGACAACAUGCAAAGACUGUUCUUACCUGAACGUCCAAUUGUUCAACGGGGAACCGUUCGACGAUGCGGCGCCCGUGUUGAAUCGCUAUUCGGCCAACGAUUGUUACUACGUUCAGUUCUUCUGUCGUCCUAUUACGGUGGGGAAAUGAUUCCAUGAAAAUAUAUCAGUGUGGUUAGAUCGGUGAUAACCGACCUGUGGCGACGAUCCUCAGCGGCGACUUGUCGGAUAACAGGAAGGAUAACCCUUUGAACAUAAACUUGGCCUGUCGAGACGGUGAAUGGAUAAUUCUGGACGGCACAAAUCGCAAAGUGACGUCAUUGGGAUGCGUCUACGACGUUCCAGGUGAUUUUUUAACUCAUAAACAAGUUCAAGCAAAGAAUUUUGUUCCAGCGACGACCACAGCGAAACCGACGACGAAAAUACCUGGAGGUUAUUUUUAUGGGGAUCUCAUCUGAAACCUGAGAAAAUUUAAGUUGAUCCAAACAAUCCUUGCAUGAACUGCUCGCAGUUAGUCGCCAGCCAAUCAACGUAUCCAGAAGGCGUGACUUAUCUCGACCACACUAUCGGAAUGUGUCUCUCUGUCAAAGUCUAUUGCUUGCCAACCAAUGUCAGUUCAAUCCGAAUGAUUUCAAAAUGUCAAUUGAUGAUUUCAAGACCCAUUCAACAGUCGAGUUCAUGUUCAACAACGAACUGACGGAUAUCACUGGACCUACGCUCAACCGAACUUUCACCUGCAACGCAAAAUCUAAGUGGCUGGACCAGCCGACGGGAACUAUUGUCAAGAACAUUUCGUGCAUCAUGAUCGAAGGUCAGUUCUGAAAUUUUUCUCCUCUCGAUCAAAAUGAAUGUCUUGUUCUGUGUUUUUUUCUGUAUGUAAAAUAUCUAAUUUUUUUAACUUUGUACUAAAAUUUUUUUCAAAGUUUUUUGUUUCACGAAAAUGCUUAUUUUUUUAUUUAAAGUUUGAGAUAAUUCCCGAGAAAAAGUUCAUUUGUUUCUGGAAAAAAUUUUCGCUAAAGUUUAUUUUCAACGAAAAAAAAGAGUAGGAAUGGUUCACGAUCAGGUAAAUGUAUAUUUCAACUCCAUCGAAAUUUCUGUAGAGCUUGUCAGUUUUAUUUUCUGCAGAUGAGCUUUCAACCACGCCGAUGAUUACUAUGACGCCGUUCGAAACGACCGAAUUAGAAGUUGUGACGACGAAAAAAGCAACAACUAAGAAGGCCACCACGACAACGAAGCCUAUCGUUUCGACGACGACGCCAAAAACCACACCAAAAACGACGCGAAAAACGACGCGAAAAACGACCUCGACAAAGGCGCCAACCACUCCGAAUGAGCCCGAAUCGACUGAGCCGCCUGUCGUGAAUCCUACGGUACCAUCGAACACAGAAGAACCCGUUGAAUCGACCAUCGGUCCUCAGGAACCAACAACAACGGCGUCCGGGCCGCCAAGUUUGAGAUUUUUAUUUUAGCGUAAAUUUAAAAAAAAUCGACAUUGACGCCACUAGGUCUCUCAAAAGCUUUUUGCAGAUUUUAUCAAAACUCUCGGUAAUUUCCCAGUUUGAAUGUGAAAAGUACAUUUUUGAAAAAAAUUAGUACCUCUUCUUUUUUUUAAACACAGUCUUCAGUAAAUUAUUCAUUCAACGUUGUUUGAAAGUCCAAUUUCUUCCAAAAUUUCAUCACUCAGUUUUUUUUUUCGCACACGGUAUUUUAAGUUUGGCUAGCUUUUUUAGUCCUUUCAGGCGUGCUUACCAGGUUAGAGUAUUUCCCUAGCUUGACCAACUUUCAGCCGGCUGCGCCAUGUGUCCGAUAUUCCAAGCGCAGCCUCUCAACAACACUGGAGGGCCUGGACUCUUCUACGUCUGGAACGACGACGACCUCGACAUAAUGUGCAAUCGUGUCGAAAUAACCUGCGAAGCGAUGACGGUAGGUCCGAAGCGAUCUUCGACACUUCUGAAGUCGCUUUAGCCAACGGACAACGCCGCUCUUUCGUUCUCUCCCAUCGGAGUCGUCAUGACCGGAUCUUCGAAGCAAACAAUCACUCUGACGUGUCAAUCCGAUGGAAAUUGGAAAUACAACGGCGUCGUUAUAACUUCUGCAACUUGCGUGAUAUCAAGUAAGGGUGCUAAAUUUGAGAAGAUAGUUGACUCGAUGUAACUUCGAAAGCGUAUUUUCUUGACUUGACGCAAAAAGACUGCUUCGUGCCGUAGAUCAUGUUUCCUAAAAAAAUAAAGAAUCUUUUUCAAAUAGGUUCGAACCAUUAGUCUCAUAAAAAACUAAGUUUUCAUCGCACAUACAAUAACUUAUUCGAAUAAUUCAAACCAAUUCUCCCAUCAAGAAAAGACGAAAAAUGGACUGACUAUAGUAAGUCCAUCAAAAAAAACUUUCCUCUGACCACUGACCAUAGCUUGUCCUUAUUAUCUUCAUUACGCCUUCUGUUUUCUCUGAUUUGUUUUCUCAUCUGUUUUCACUUUCCCUAUUUUCAUACUUUUUUCUCUUAUUACUUUCCUAGAAUCAUCUCGCGUAGUUGUGCUAAAAUUGAAAAGCUGACUUAUAAAAUUUCCGUUUUUAAAAAUUUCAUUCAAAGUCAAUUAUUUAUAUUAGAAACCGUUGGUCCGACUCCUGCACCCACUUCAGCACCCAUUCCGACAACUACAGUCACAACCCGGAAAACGACAACAGUAGUCAAUCCUGGUUCAUCUAAUUAAAAGUGAAAGAGAGGAAAUAGGAUUCAGAAGGCUGCACGAAAUGCACCAGAAUGCCGGUGACUUCUGUGACGUCAUCUUCCUAUGCGAAUGGCCUGACGACGGCGGUUCUCUCCGUUGACGAUUGCACCACUCUAGUGAUCACUUGUCAAGGCUCAUCGGUAGACAAAAAGAUAGAAACUGUAUGAAAUAUUGGGUGUUCUUAAAGGAAACCGACGACGUUGCGAUCUUCAGUGGAGGCAAAGAAUUGAUUUCGUCGGUCGAGGAGAUUUCGAUGAUCUUCAUUUGUUCCUCUACGACAGAAUGGGUCUCCGAGGAUGACGAUAUCGUGGAUGCCAUCUCCUGUGGUCGUAGAAGUGAGAAAAAAUAUUAAACUCGAAAUAAAAUAAAAUUUAGCUGUUGAGCAACAGCCUACAACGACUACAGUACCACGGAGUUUGUUUCCUUUUUUUUCAAGACAUUUUCGAUUUUUACUGAUUCUCUUAGGAAGCUUUCAAGAACCUCAUACAUAAAUUUCAAUAAAUUUCUGAGCGAAAUCCCAAUCAACCGGUUUCACAGACUGUGGAAAUACUUGCCCAACUCUGAAUACUUGGGCUCUGGCCGAUCCAACAAAAUCAUCGCCUUACGAUGGUUUCCUCGUUAUUUACAACUACAUAGACCCAGUGACCAAGUGCAAAGUUGUCGAUAUUUCCUGUCAGGGCACAUCGGUCAGAAAAAUAAAUGCAGAUAGAGAUCUCAAAAGAAAGUUCAGACCACAGAAAACUCAACUCUUAUCUUCGAUCCGAUUGGUCCGGUUCUGACUAGCCAGAGCUCGCAAGCCUUGACUCUGAAGUGUGACAUCGACAAUUUGUGGAAAUACCAAGGCUCCACCUUCACUAGGGUCGGAUGUCUGGUUUCAAGUGAGUGAAAAUCAAAAAAAAGCGCCAAAACAUAGGUGAGGCUUUCAACUUUUUGUUGGUUUUCUGAUAUUCAACGAAGUUCAAUGAACAGUAAUGUAAACUCGCUAAUAUUUUCUUUUAUUGAUUUUCGAAUAGGGGUAAAUUUCCGUUUUUCCUGGCCUUUUCAUCAAAAAGCAAGUCACAAAAAUAAUUUUAUGAUCUCAAGUGUUUGAAAUUCAAUUCAAGAGACUAUUUGGAGCUGUCUCGAAAAUGUAUCCCUUCGAGGAAAAAGACCUGAAAGAAGCUCAUUUCAGCGUCGAGUCCUGGAAGCACGAUGCCUCCGGUCGUCACCACCACGCUAGUUCCAACCACAACGACUCCUUAUAAUCAUCAAAUUCGUGAGAUUUGUUGAGGGAAUCAUUUCAAAAUGGUUCGAUCCACAGCUCCCUGUAUGCAAUGCUCUCGUCUGGAGAUCCAACCCGAGCCCACCGAAAAUGGAUACGCCAACGGCCACGUUACUGUAGAUUUCUUCACAGACGGAUCCUGCAGCUACCUGAAUGUCCUGUGCGAAGGAAGCUCUGUUGGUUCUUCUAAUAACUUGAUUAAACUUCAUACUAAAAAAAGACUUGUAAUAUAGGGGGAGUCCAAAAGGUGCUGAUGUUGUAAUUUAAUGAAACUUUGUACAGGGUUUGACAUUCUGAUGCAAAAUUUAUGCAAAAAAUGCGAUUUUCGCGUUAAUUCGAGCUAUAACAUCUCAAACUUUAAAUCUGCUAUUGCAGUGAAGAAAAUGGUUGUUUUUGACUAAUUUGACUUUUCAAAACUUCUGAAAAUCCGCGCUUUUUUGAUGAAAGGCACAUGCGAAAGUGCCUCUGUACGAAGUUUUGUCGAUUUCUAGUACUGCCAUAACUUCCCGUGUACUGAUUUCCCUUUUUUUUCUCAAGCCAAACGAGCCGGUGGCCCUGAAAAGCGGAAACAACUACCUUGUCACUUCGGCGACGGGCUCGGCCAGCGUCAAUCUCUCUUGCAGCAUGACUUCUUCCUGGAUUUAUGGUCCCGGACCGUUAGUCGUACCGUCUGUUUCAUGCUCUCGACAAAUUGGUUCGUUACGGUUUAGUUUUUGCUAGAGCUCUGGAUAUUCAGAAGUUAUCCCUAUUACAACGACUCUUCUCACAACAACGACGCGCACAACAACCGGUUAGUCAGCUCUCUAUUGAAAUCAGUUCUUCAAAAGUUCAGUUCUUUGAAGCACUUCCUAAUGAUUUUUCGGAAAGAUUUUUCUACGAGUGAUUCUAUGGAAUUUUUCACUGUAAAAACGAAAAAAAGAGAGCCAUAACUUGAAGAAAAUAUCUUUCAGAAAACCGGCUUCUGUAAAUCGUUUUCCCCCCUCUUUUUCACUCGAUAUUUUAUCAAUUUUCAGUAACAAUUCCUGCAACAACACCUCCUACGACGACGCCAACCAAACCACCUUCGACGACGUCAACCACUCCUGGUGAUUCUAGCUUUGAUGAAGAUAGAGAUCUUCGAAAUUAUAGCGGCCACUUGCUCAACGAGCUGUCCGAACCUGGAGCCGGUGGCGAAGACUCCGUCCGAAGGAUACGAUGGAAUGAUUGUCCUGGACCAUUUCGAAGUCGUUGGCUGUUCUCACGUCGGCAUAUCCUGCUCAGCCACGAAGGUUCAAAGAGAUUUCUAGUCAUAAGGAUUUUUCUUGUAGACAUUUGUAGAGAGUGGAAAAAUGCAAGCUUGAUGGGGUUAGGCAAAUUUCGUUAUGAGUUGAGUUAUAGUUAUGGAGGUAACUUUAGUUAUGUGAAAAAAUAAAUUGCUUUUUCCAUUUUGAAUUUAAAAAUAUAUUUCAUGCUGUCUUUGAAGUUUUUUUUAAUUAUCUUUUGUUUUCUAAAAAUUUGAUUCGGAGAUAUUCAGUUAAUUGGAAGUUUUUCUUUAAGAAAAUGAACUUUUGUAACUUCUAGUUCAAUUACAAAAUAAAAAAAAGAGCUCAUUUCAUAUUUUUUUCGACUCACCAAAUCUCAUUAGACCAACAUUAGAUUUGAAUAAGUUUUUAGUUGUUCUUCUACAAUCAAUGAGAUUCUUCGAAAACGAUAAAUAAGCUCACCGACACGUUUGAAGGGAUCUCAAAACGCGACUCUGUUGUUUGAAAACUCUGUGAUAUCUACGGGAGCGUCUCGACAAUCAGUUGAAGCCAUUUGUGACGUCUCCGGUGAAUGGAUUUACGAUGGAGAAGUGGUUCCAUCGGUGAGCUGCAUCGUCACAGGUUGAGUUUUGGGCUGAAUUACCUUUCAAUAGAGAUUCGUAGAUCCCAACGUUUCCCCUGGAGUCGUCACUUCGACGCCUCCUGCAACUACUGUGGCUCCUUCUACGAUCAAGGAUAUUGGAGCAGGUGCCUUGUCCCAUCUUGAAUCUGAAGGACCAAUAAAUCUUCAUAGCUUCCUGCUCCGUUUGUCCAACGAGUACGAUUUCUUCGGUCGGGUCGUCUUCUUCCUAUCAGGAUGGCUUCGUGACGCUGACCAACGACUUCGACGCGUUCGGAUGCCGCACUCAGAAUGUCUUGUGCCAAGGAAUCACGGUAUCAUCAUAAUCAAAAAAUAAUUCUACUGGAAUUCAGUCCACGGAGCCAGUUGCCCUUCUGACUUCUGAAGGAGUUUCGUUGGUUUCCGGCCCUGGAAAGGUCAGUCUGGGUCUUUCUUGCUCUUCGGCCACCUCCUGGGUGACGUCGACCAAUGUUGCAGUGACGACGUUGUCUUGUGGGAGACAGUUGGGUCAGUAUCUACAGAAAAACUUUUUUGAAAACACUUCAUUUUCAUUUUGUAGAAAGAUUAUACUUGAAAAGCUAUUUAUUAUGAAGCCGUAUACAUGAGCAUUUACGCAGCGUAAAUGAGAAUCUAUUUCGUAAUGGUUCUCUUUUUAAUCUUCUCAAACACCUUCAGUUUUCAAAAUCAGAAAUCUGUUAAAAUUAGAGUUGCUUAGAAUCGUUUACGUCUAUCCAUUUGGGUGAACGCAUGUGGUCUUUAAAUAUUUUGGAAAGUUUUGAGCUUCUAAUCUUUUUUCAAAAAAAAAUAUUAUCAUUUUUCAGCCACUACCACUGCGAUGACAACAACGACGCCAAUUCGUAAGACCACUCAUAAAAAGUUCCUUCAGCUCGUCCGUAAACUUUUCAGCCAUGUGUAGCCAAUGCGAGCUUCUAAGGCCGAAGGCCCUCCUCCGCGACGACGCCUACGACGGAAUGAUCGUCCUCGACAACUUCUACGACGUCGAAGGUUGCCUCACUGUGACGGUCACCUGCGCGGCGAUGAGAGUAAGAAUUGGAAUUUCAAAGGAUUUCUCAACUUCCUUCUUAGGAAAAUGAAAAUGCGACGCUGCUUUUCGGAGAGAACGUCGUUAGAACUGGCGCCUCCUCUCAAACAAUAUCCUUGGAUUGCAAUGCGGAUGCAGAAUGGGUUUACAACUUGGAAGCGUUCCAAGAAGUCAGCUGCGUUGUUACCAAUUCAGGUAUUGAAAGGAAUGAAGAAUUACUGGAAAAAUCUACAUUUUGGGCUAGAAAAGUAUCUAAAAACGAUCGAAAAUUUUCGCUACCUUUUGACCACUGAAAAAUGUUGACAAUAAAAUUGAGUUUUGUUUUUUUUUCCUUUUUGAUAAAUUCCAUGUCUUUAUCUUUUUUUAAAACUAAAAAACUAGUAACUUAAAACUAGUAAGUUGAAAUUUAUUCAGAUACGCUCGCGCGGAAGAAGAGACAGGCCGUCACAAAUCCUACUGUCCUGUGUAAGUUUGGAUAAAAAUACAAAAAAAUGCUGCAGAAAAGCGGUCUUCAUCGAAGAAAGAACAGAAUGAGAUUAUGAGGAAUAUCAAUAAAUAAAUUAUUGGCUGACUUGGAAGAGUAAUUGAGUUAAAAUUUAGGAAAAGGUUCAUUAGAAAUAUCAAUUUUUUGUGAGACUCAAAUUUGUUUUGUGUUUUCUUUAUUUAUUAAUUUUUCUUUUUUUAGGGCUAGAUAAUUUUUUGUGUAAUAAACCGUGUAUCAUGAAUACGAGUAAAAAGGAUAAGAAUGUACUUGCAGCCGACGCGGCGCCAUGUGCACAGUGUAGUCCGGUGAAGGUAACUUCGGUGCCAGACACCGGAGAGUAUCUCAACGGCUUCACCACUUUGAUGAGCACCAACGUCGGCGGCUGUCGCACUACCGCCGUCGUCUGUCAAGGAAUCUCAGUUCGAAUCCCUUGAUUUGACAGAAAAACGGGAGGAAAUGUUCAGCCGACCGAUGUCGUCCACGUGUUGGUUUCCGGAACGGAGAGAGCCACCAACGCCUUCCAGAUCAACAUGACUUUGGCGUGUACUGCGGCCAGCACCUGGCAGGAUUCCAACGGACUUGCUUUCCCUUCUAUGUCCUGCGCACGCAAGAAUCGUCAGUCUUGCAUUUUACUUAGGAAAAUUUAGUGAAUUGAGUUCAAUACGUGAGAAAUUCAGUAAAAACACAAGUUUUUACUUGGAAUGUCUUUUUAAAAGGCUAUAAUAGUUCAAAAUCUGGAAGUGAAUAACUAUAACAUGGUCUGGACUUACAGUAAGACUUCUGAAUGAGUUGGUGUACUUAUUUUUCCGUUGAGUCUGAGUCUGUUUUCGAAAAUCGUUGAGCAGGUUUAAAAAAGGAGUCAAAAAGGUAUGAACUAAAAGGAAGGAAAAUUUUUCAACCGGGUUAGUUUUUUUACAGUAUUUUUUGAUGGUUAAAUUUCAAGCUGAGUUAUCACGAAACUUUAGGAGAUUUGCGUCUUUAAGAAAAUAGGUGUUGAUGGAUUCCAGCAGCUACCACGACCACCGUAGCUACUUCAACUUCCACCACAACUUUGGCUACAACUACUCCGACCACUUCGACCACUACCUUGGCUUCAUCCACUUCGACAGGACCAAGUAGCACCCCGAAUCGAAAACUUACAACUUCUGAAUUUUUGAGACCUCUGUUCGAGUUGCACCAACUUGUUGCCAAUAACACCGACAGACCUGGCCGCGAAUGAGGCCCAAGGCUACCUGGUUCUAGAUCAUUACUUCGAUCCUUCCAGCACCUGUCGGAAAGUUGAUAUCACGUGCAGUGGACAGAAUGUGAGCUUUUUGAAGAGAAGAAAAGAAAAUCUUCACACCGUUGAUUACUUCAAAAAUUAAUAAAUUAUAAAGAGUGAUGUUUUAGAAGCGCGUUCAAAUGAAUCUCCCCUUUUUCAUGUUAUUAAAGAGAGCGGCCAUUCCAGACCGGCGAGACGGCGACGAUAGAGUUCAAUGACGCGACGCGCGUCAUCAGCGCCGCAGGUCAAGUGUCGUCGUCCUUAACCUGCUCGACGUCCGGCCAGUGGAUCUUCGACGGCUCGCCCACGACAGGCAUCGCCUGCACGGCGGCAUGUUUGUCUUCUACUUGCCCCUUCUCUUCUUCAACCUCUUCAAUGCUUCAGCGUCGACGUCUCCUACUGUGACCCCAGCCGUGCCGAUCACCACGACAGUCCCUCCGCCCACCACGACGGCGCUUGGAACUCGUUUGUAUCCUCGAAAACUUCUUUGUAGAUGAAGUUGUACUUUGCAGCAGCAUGUCUGACUUGCAACAGGAACCUCGCACAGUCUGUUCCGUUCUUCUACAACAGCGGAUUCUUGAUUCUGGACACGAAAAUCGUGAACAACUGCAUGCAAGCGAGUCUGUCCUGCUCGGCUCCUGAUGUGAGUUUCGACUGGUUUUUAAAAAAAAAGCUCAAGAUAUUAUUAGUCUAUCCAAAAAUGGUGAUUAAAGGUGCGUGGACUUUUAAAAAAAUUAUCGUGGUGGAUAACCGGUUUUAUGGUUUUAUAAGGCUUGCAAGAUUUUAAAGCCUUUUUCAUUAAAAGUUUGCAGAAAGAUUUCUUGUUCAGUAUUCAUUCAAAGUCGACGUAGCUUUUUUUCAGACUACUGGGGAGGCCGUUCUUGUGGAUUCGAAUGGAAAUGAAAUGGCCUCUGGAACCGGAAAGUUGAAUAGUACAUUGACCUGCGAUUCUAACGGCCAAUGGAUCACGCCUACAGGAUCCGUGGUGACUGGCGUCAGUUGUGGAGCUCCAGGUUUGAAAUAUGAAAAAAAUUUUCUGCGAAAUUUUUCCAAUUUAUUCCUGUAGCUUAUUCAAUGAUUAUAUGGCUUGUGAGAGCCAACUCUCGAAUCUUCAGCUUUUGUGAAAUAGUUUCGAAUCAGUUUCAGUUAGUUGAUUUCUAAAACUGGAAGACAAGGCUUACUCGAAAAAAAAAAGCGAUUUUGAAAAGAACCAUACAUAGAAAGACAUUAUUUGAAGGACGCUAUUACCCUCCCAAUCCCCUCCUUUUUUGAAUCCUGCUUCUCAACUAAUUGGGUACUGUAUUUGCCAAAGUAUUUACAAAACAUAUCUCACCAAGUUUUUGACUCUCAGGAAAAUGCGCCGACUGCUCGAACGUCCUUCCUCUGUCCUUGACCAGCAGCCAACUGGCUCCGAACCAACUCGACGGCGAGCUCAUCCUCGACCAUUAUAUCAAUCAGCAGAGCGGCUGCCGCGUUGUCGACAUUCAAUGCAGCGCGAGAAACGUUCCUUCCUUCAGUUUCCUCCAGAACUUCAGCCGAUUCAGACCGGAGAAAACGCGACGAUCAUGUUCAACGGGCAGGAUGCCAACUCAGAAAGUGCCGCGGGGCAGAUCUUCUCAUCUCUGACGUGUACGGCGAGCGGGACUUGGUUGUUGUCUGAAACUUCUGUCACUAGAAUCGCUUGCCGAAUUGAUGGUACUUAUGCGUUGAGAAAGUAGGAUGUUAAGUUCGAGCUCAGCUUCUACAUCUCCCACAGUUGCCCCUCCUCCGAUCACCACUACGCUCGCUCCAGCGAUGACUACUCCAGUUGGAAGCUGUGAGUUCAAAAGUAAAAAAUUAUCCUCCAGUCACAUUGAGAAAAUUUUUUAGAAAAAAAAUCGUUUCAUUUUUACAUGAGAACUGAGUAAAAUAGCUUUCAAAGCGCAACUGAUCGGAAAAACAUUUCUUAUUCAUUUUCAAUUUCAAAGAUUUGAAAUGAAUAUUUUAAAAAUUUGGCAAAAAGUUAUCGAGUUAGAAUUCUUCACGAGAAAAAGAAAAAUCAGUAUUCGUUAACCUUGUAUGUCGCCACUGUAAUUUUAAGUUUGAUCUUUAAAAAAGAAAUUUCAGUGGCAUGCGCAAACUGCAAGCGCCAAAUCGUGACUCCCGUCUCCUCGAUCUACAACAGCGGAUUCCUGACGAUGGACACGAGAAUCAUCAACGAUUGCCUAUCCACAAGCCUCUCUUGUGCUGCUCCAACAGUCUAUAACCAAAAAAUAUCUUUAUAAUCAGAAAAUCUCCUGUUCAGACGACAGGAACAGGCGUUCUUGCCGAUCCCAGCGGAGCCGUACUUGCCCAGGGCACGAAUUUGGCCAAUUUGACGUUGACCUGCACCGAGAAUUCUCAGUGGUUGACGCCGUCUGGAACUGUGGUAACUGGUGUCAGCUGUGGCACUUCUGGUUUGCCUUUUUAUCUUCGUGAGGAGAAAAAGACUAUUUUGAAGGUCUUUGCACGGCAUGCUCCAAUAUGCUUCCGAUCCUGCUAGACCAGGCCAAACUUGCUGCAAAUGAAAUGAACGGCGAUCUGACUAUCACUCAUUAUUACGACAGAGGAACUGGCUGUAGGACGGUCGUCAUGCGAUGUGCCGGACAGAACGUUAGUGAAGUGAACAGCUUCGGAAUGAACUGAAAGACGUCAGGAAGCUCAAGACGCGACGAUUAUCUACAACAACAAUGCCGACACGACGACGUUGACCGUCCCCGGACAGGUCUCCAUUGGCCUGACUUGCUCCGCCGGCGGGCAAUGGCUCCGGGCGGGCGUGCCUGUGACUGGCAUCGCUUGCAAGAUUUCUUGUUUGUCGAUUGAUCAAGUCCAGUUUGGAAAUUCUUUUUCAGUCGACACCUCUCCAACUCUAACUCCGCCUCCCGCCCUCACGACGGUCACUCCACCGCCAGAAACGACGGAUCCGGGAACUUGUGAGAUCUCCUUUUUUUUUCGCUUUUCCAAAAAAUUUUUUCUUUGGAAAAUUGUUUCUCUGAGCUUCAAGUGAAUACCAAAAAUGGCAAAAAGGAAAAAAAAAUGUUUAGUGGCAUGCAUGGCGUGCAGCCGUCAACUCGGAGCUUCGAUCUCCUCGCCGGCCUUCGCCACAGCCUUCCUCACUCUCGACACGGAGACCGUCAACGGCUGCCUCGUUGCCACUUUAUCUUGCUUCUCGCCUACUGUGAGUCUCAAAGACGGAAUCAUUCACGUCUUCUGGUACAGAUGACCGGAACCGCCGUCCUGCUCGACUCCAACGGAAACCAGCUCGCCACAGCGACCGGCGUCGCCAACACGACCUUGACCUGCAGUUCGAGUGCUCAGUGGCAGACGGCGACUUCGACGGUCGUCACUGGCGUCAGUUGCGGCGUCGCUGGUUGACCUUCCGUGUUGUUUCCCUGUCUUAUUCAACGUUUUCAGCGACAACUACACCUACGCCUACAACUACUCCAGUCACCACGCCACCGACGACCACAGCAGUUGUGAGUUGAAAAGCAGCAGUUUGAAAAAAAACUCAGUUAAAUUACGACGAGAGCUAUUUUUCGAUCUCCAAACAGUACUGUAUUUGAAAUUUGCACUUCGUGUGUAUGAACUUUCUAAGUGAUCCCAGGUCCCAGUCUACCACUUUUGAGUUUUUUCAACAGCUUCUUUCAUUUGGAACUUCAUCUUGUCCCCCACACCUCAAAGCCCGGACUUUAUGAUACCGUACUCUGCGGAAAAGGAAAAAAUCGCUCUAGUAUGACCAAUUUUUUCCGUGAGAUUUUUAAAAAACGUUCAAAAUUCAAAAAGAUAGAAAAGUUUGAAGGCGGGCGAUCCUUGUGCGGCGGCGACGUGGCAGCCGUGGCAGGAAUGGUCGACCUGCACGGACACUUGCGGAGCCUGCGGAACGUGGCAGCGUUUCCGCGCCUGCAACAAGCCGAAUCCCAGCUGUCUGUGUAGUGGGUUAGUUUGUUAGGGUUUGAGACUAGCGAACUUCAGAUUAGAGCUGAUAAGUAACCAGAAUGUUAGAUUCCUUGGAAUCUUGUAACAAAAAUUAUUUUUCUGUCUCGUUCACUUCAUAACUUUCAGAACGGCCUUUGAGAAAGAGCCCUGCAAUCGGUCCGUUUGCAUGUACCCAAGGUCAAACUGUUGCGCUGGAACUACGCCGAAAUCAUCGCAGGGCCAAUUCUUAUGCCUCUAA